GUUUCAUCAAAUUUCCCCAGCGCAAGAAGUGAAAGUAUAUUUUCAUUUACUCCUUCAGUUCUUCAUCUUUCAUGUUUUCGCCUGUUGUACAUGCUCUAGCGCAUACUCUUUUUAUAUUGGUAGAACUGUUUUAGUUUAUCUUCGUUUUAGUACAAAAUGCGAUACAACGAAAAAGAACUUAUUCGUUUAGCUUACCAGCCCCCAGAAAUCGAAGGCCGACUGCUACACAAACAGCCAGGUAGCAAACUUAGGGAAGGUUACCGCGAAAGAUGGUGUCGACUUCGAGGAAACUUUUUGUUUUAUUUCAAAACAAAUGAACUUGGUAAAUGCAACAGACUUGAGCCAAUUGGUGCAUUGCUAAUGGAGCGUUGUAGAGUACAGCAUGAGCCGAGAGCUGAUAAACCAUUUGUAUUCUCAGUUGCAUAUCAAGACGGUAAACAUUAUUUUGUGGGUGCAUCUGAUCAGCAUUGUGAAUUGUGGGUGAAAGCUCUAAGACAAGCCAGUUUUGAAAGUCUUCGGGCUCGGUUUCUCUUGUUACAAGCUAAACUAAAGAAGUUAACUGGAUCGGAUCCUUUGCAAUGUGAAGAAAUUCAGAAAAUUCAGAAAAAGCAUAUGGAGAGAGAAAAAUUACUUGGUGCAGACAGCUGAGGAAUGAUGCUAUGGUAACCUAUAUAAAGCUUUAAAUCACAAAAAUAUCAAAUACAAGUAGAUCAAGAAACUAUAUCCAAUAAAAACCAAUUGGCUGUUGAUCACCUGACUGAUGAGAGCGC